CGAACCCCUCAAAAGCCUCUAGGAAAAUCGACCUUCCAACGCAGCCCCCACCCCCACCCCCACCUCGCCUGAGCAGUACGCCGGCGACCGACAGGCCUUCAGCCCCCCCUCUCCCCUCCACUCCCGCAACGACCAGGGAGGAGGCGCCGAGCGAGUAGGGGGGAUGGAGUUCACGGAGGCGUACAAGCAGACGGGCCCGUGCUGCUUCUCUCCCGACGCCCGCUUACUCGCCGUCGCCGUCGACUACCGCCUCGUGAUCCGCGACGUCGUCACCCUCAAGGUGGUGCAGUUGUUUUCGUGUGUGGACAAGAUAAACUUUUUGGAGUGGGCACCGGAUUCAGAAUACAUUCUAUGUGGACUUUACAAGCGGCCAAUGGUGCAGGCUUGGUCACUUAGCCAGCCUGACUGGACCUGUAAGAUUGAUGAAGGAUCUGCAGGGAUUGCUUAUGCUCGCUGGAGUCCUGACAGUCGGCAUAUACUCACUACAUCAGAGUUCCAACUUCGUUUGACUGUAUGGUCUCUUGUAAAUACUGCCUGUGUUCAUGUACAGUGGCCAAAGCAUGCAGCAAGAGGUGUUUCUUUCACUAAGGAUGGCAAGUUUGCUGCGAUCUGCACCAGGCGGGACUGCAAAGAUUACGUAAAUUUGCUGUCAUGUCAUUCCUGGGAGAUAAUGGGUGUAUUCGCUGUUGACACACUAGACUUAGCAGGCGUGGAGUGGUCGCCUGAUGACAGUGCUAUUGUGGCCUGGGAUUCACUUCUUGAAUACAAGGUUCUAAUAUAUUCACCAGAUGGGCGAUGCUUGUUCAAAUAUUCGGCAUAUGAAAGUGGGUUAGGUGUCAAAACUGUUGGUUGGUCACCAUGUGGACAGUUUUUAGCAGUGGGCAGCUAUGAUCAAGCAGUGCGAAUAUUGAACCAUUUGACAUGGAAAACCUUUGCCGAGUUCACUCAUCCAGCUUCGAUUCGAAGUCCCUAUAAUGCUGCUAUAUUUAAGGAAGUAGAUGAUCCAUGGCAGCUUGAUAUGUCGGAGUUAUGUCUAAGCGAAGGCUUCUCUCGUAACAUGCGAGACAAUGGCACUGAAAAUGGCUCGGAAGGAGGUUCUAGAGUAAAAUACGCUGUGAUGGAUGUUCCAAUCACCGUACCAGCACAGAAACCAGCUAGUGACAAGCCCAACCCCAAACAAGGAAUAGGCAUGCUGUCGUGGAGCAGCGACGGCCAUUAUUUCUUCACUCGGAACGACAACAUGCCUACUGUUCUUUGGAUAUGGGACAUCUGCCGCCUCGAGCUCGCAGCCGUUCUUGUGCAGAAAGACCCCAUCCGUGCUGCUGCCUGGGACCCUACGUGCCCACGCCUCGUCUUGUGCACGGAGAGCCCGCACCUGUACAUGUGGACGCCAUCCGGCGCUUGCUGCGUCAACAUUCCCUUGCCGAACUUCCGGAUAGUCGACCUGAAAUGGAACUCAGCGGGAAGCUGCCUCCUCCUCAAGGACCGCGAUUCGUUCUGCUGUGCCGCGAUUGUGUCCGCUCUGCCCGAGGAAGAACCCGACGAUCAAACCGACGAGACCUCCGAAGACGAAUGACCUCCCGUGUCUUGCUUGCUGUCAGUUUGAAUUGUAGCCAUUAUCAAUGGAAAUUAUUACGUUGUAACAUAGCAGAUUAGCAGUAGAUCGAUUUGGGUGCGGCGACUGUUCUGAUCUGGAAGGGUGAGGAACACGGAAGAAUGUUGUUUCUUCUGUUAUACAACUGCUGUUGGGUUCCUUGAAGUUGGACAGAUUUUGUAGAGAGCACAAAAUCAAACGGAGGAUUCUGGUCU